AACAUAAUGGAUAGUACUUGAAUAUCCGAAUACAGUUUAUAUUCCAAAAAUAAUGUUAUAUUUAAUUUUAACAUUACCAAAUAUUCUAAAAACAUUAUUUAUACACCAACUAUCCAAAAAACCAAGAUUACCCAAAUGUUUUUUUAUCUAAAAUAUUUAAAAUUAUUUGAAUUACACUUAACAACUGAAUCACUCAAAUAAUUCUCAAUUAAACUAUUAAAAUUUAUUCGAAUUACUCAAUUUUUGAACCUGAAAACCGAAAUAAUAGAACUGAGACUGAACUAGAUUUCAUAAAUAAUAAAACGAUUUCUAUAUCUCUAAAACCGAAAAACCGAAAGAACUGGAUCGGAACCGAACCGAAAACCAAACACCCUGCUAUUAUGGGAUGUUCUCUAGCUCACGAUUGGGGUUUUGCCUUGAAUCUUCCGGGAUGUUCCUACAAACACCACCCCCUGACGAACUUAUGAAAGAAAGGAGAUUCUGGAGGAUUUACUUCACUUUAGUGAGCACUCAUGUAACCAUAAGCCUCUCUCCACCCAUCUCUUGUCAAAGUGUAGGCACUUUAAUUAGUAGAAUAGAGACUGGUAUUGAGAAUCGUUUUUAAAAGAGUCAGGCACUCUAGUAGAAUAAGAUUAGAUUGAGAAUCGUGUAAAGUGCGUAGGAGGUGGUAAAGAUAGCAUAUGACAUGUAUAUUUAUAAGAAUGAGUGGAUUAAGAGAUGUGAUUAGUGAAUUGAAACUUCAAUAGCUGCGGUAAACCAUGGAUUAGGCCUAAAGGAUUUUGUUUUGGUUCAGAUAUGAGAGGAAGUAGAUGGAGGAACUUAGGAACAAAGCAGAGAGUAAAGAUGAAAAAGCUAAGAAGACUUCAGCAGUUGGAGGGUCAAAAAAAAAACAGCUGAAAAGAAUGUGACAAAGAAUAGAACAUCUACUAGAAGACAGUGACGAUUGACGAAGCUCCUGGUGAGAGACUGAGAGUCAUUGACUUGCUGCUUCCCAAGCUUCGACAAGAUUGGCUAAUAUGUAAGUCACGUUUGUUUCUUUCUCUUCUUAAAAAAGAUUACAAACAAGAGAACAUAUUGGUUUUCUCUUCUUAAUUGUAUAUAUGAUGGACUUGUUCUUGUCUCAUCAUCAGUGCAUAGCUUUUGCUCUAGCGACAUUGCAAAACAAGACAAAUUCGUUUUAUAAAAAGCCAGACUCUUUGUUUUGGUUUGUGUAGUAAAAAACAAAAACAAAAAAAAGCUUACAACUUUUGACUUUGAAGGUUUAUCGCAGAUUACUCGUGUUUUAUGGCAGUACCAUCUCUUCUCCGCCGUUCGCCCACCGUGUCGUCUCUUUGGUCUUUCUCGACCCAAUGUUUUGUCCGACGAACAGCUUCACUCUCUCUUCCGACAGAACCUCCUCCUGUCCCCAAAAAGAUCCCUUUCUCCGUCACAACUCAUGGCGUCACGAGACAAGACCCUUACCGUUGGAUGCGGAACACAAAAGACGCAGCUUUCCUCGACCACCUCCACCGCGAGAACUCGUACACUCAAGCUUUCAUGUCUGACACAGAGACCCUAAGGCGUGACUUGAUCUCCGAGAUGAAAACUCGCAUCCCCGCAGAGAUUGUCACUCCCCCAGAACGCUGGGGACAAUGGUUAUACAGACAAUACAUCCCCAGAGGGAAAGAGUAUCCUCUUCUCUCUAGGAGACUGGACAAGGCUGAAACAAACUGGCUCUCUGUUCUUGAUUGGAAUCAAAUUGCUGAACAGUUUGGUUAUGUUCACGUUGGUGUUUGUCGUGUCUCACCUGAUCAUAACUACCUCGCCUACACUGUUGAUCCUAAGGGCAACGAGCGUUUCCUUCUCCAGAUUAAGGAUCUUAGAAGUGGUUGUUUGGUUCCGAGGCUGGAAGUUGAUGGAGUUGUGAGCUUGGCGUGGGCGUUAGAUGGAGUCAGCUUGUUAUACACUGUUGUUGAUGAACAUCAAAGACCUCACAGGGUUGUUGUUACAAAUGUUGAAUCAGACGGGGGUGGUGAUACUGUGGUGUUCUCUGAAAGUGAUUCUAGUUUCUGUGUGGAUAUUACGAGUACUAAAGAUGGAAAGUUUGUUACUAUCAAUUCGAACUCGAGGACUUCGUCCGAGGUUUAUAUAGUAAAUGCGGAGAAGCCACUGGCUGGUUUGCGAAGGGCUCGUGAGAGAGUCCAUGGUGUGCAGUGUUUUCUUGAACAUCGCAAUGGAUACUUUUACAUUCUUACCAAUGCUCCCACGGAUGCAGCUAGUGAGUGGUCUGGUGAAGGGUAUUAUUUGACUAGGUGUCUAGUGGAGGAAGUUGAAUCAUCGGAAUGGCAGGUUGUUUUCUGUCCAGAUGAUGAUGUGGUGAUAGAAGAUAUGGACAUGUUCAAUGACUAUCUAGUGCUUUUCCUCAGUAAGAAAGGCUCACAUAUGAUAUGUUCCAUUGAUAUGCCCUUGAAAGCAAACACGAAGCAUAUGGAGGAUCUUAAUCCCUGGUACUUUCCUCUUCCAGCUGAUUCAUGCAGUGUUGCACCGGGCUCAAACCACAACUUUCAAAGCUCAGUUUACCGAGUGGUCCUUUCAUCUCCUGUGAUUCCUGACACUAUCAUCGACUAUGACGUGCCAAGAAGAUUAUUCUCAAUCGUCCAUCAGGAGGGUAGAGUUACAGAUGAUCUUGAUAGUAGUACGCCAUGGUACUCGGCAGAUCACUCUACAGACAAUAAUGAUAGAACCAGUGAGGGAAUGCCUGAAUGGGAGGAACUAUCUGAUGCUUAUGUUUGUGAAAGGCAAGAAGUUUCUUCACACGACGGAGUUGAAGUCCCGCUGACAAUUCUGUAUUCCCGAGAAGCAUGGAAGAAGAAAGAGUCACCGGGGAUAUUGAUAGGUUACGGUGCAUAUGGAGAACCUCUGGACAAGAGCUGGUGCACAAAUAGAUUGAGUAUGCUUGAUCGUGGUUGGGUAAUUGCCUUUGCUGAUGUGAGGGGAGGAGGAGGUGGUGGGGAUUUUUCAUGGCACAAAUCAGGAACUGGAUCUUUGAAAGUAAACUCAGUUCAAGAUUUCAUCUACUGUGCGAGGUAUCUAAUGGACAAGGGAUAUGUGCAUAGACAUCAUCUUGCUGCUAUUGGUUACAGCGCAGGAGCUCUCCUUCCAGCUGCAGCCAUGAACAUGCACCCAAGUCUAUUUCAAGCUGCCAUUUUGAAGGUUCCUUUUGUAGACGUCUUAAACACAUUAUCAGAUUCAAACUUACCUCUCACACUUUUGGACCAUGAAGAGUUUGGUAACCCAAACAUCCAAACCGACUUCCGGUCCAUCCUUAGCUAUUCUCCAUAUGAUAACAUACGCAGAGAUGUUUGCUAUCCGUCAAUGCUUGUCACAUCUUCGUUUCAUGACUCAAGGGUUGGAGUAUGGGAAGGUGCUAAAUGGGUGGCUAAGAUACGGGAGAGUACGUGCCAUGAUUGCUCACGAGCUGUGAUUCUGAAAACGAAUAUGAGUGGUGGCCAUUUCGGUGAGGGAGGUCGCUAUGCUCAGUGCGAAGAGACUGCUUUUGAUUAUGCUUUUCUUAUCAAAGUCAUGGGUUUUCACAACAAUAGAUAACAGAACUGAUUUUUGGUAGAAAGUCAGUUUUAGAGACUGGAAACAUGAUUCAAGAACUUGAAACAGAAUCUAAUAUUCCACAAGAGAUUGUAUUUGAUAGGUUACAAUGAUGAAUGAUAUGCAGAAGAUAAUACAAA